AUGCCAAAAAAGAACAACUUCAACAAGAAGGAGCCGUCGUUUCAGGGCGACUCUCUGCGGCGGCGACGAAAGGAAAAGCAGGAGGCGCCAGCGAAGCUGCAGGAUGAGGAGGAUUUUAAGGAGCUGCAAGAGCUCUUAGAGGAUGAGACACACCUGCUGGAUGAGGCGAGGUCACCGCUAGAGUAUCUGUUGUCCCUGCGGCAGCCACAGGAGUUGGCACUGAGGCUUACGCAGUCUCUCGUUUCCCUGCGCUCGCGGCUUGCGGAGCUGGAGCUAGAGCGGUUGAACAAUGAGAGCGGGAUGCCGGGCAGGUCGGACGUCGUGGCACGCCGCGCGCAGGAGAAGGCGGAGAAGCUGGAGCUUGAGAUCCACAAGACAGAGCGGGUCUUGCGCCGCCUGAUGCUCAUGUCGAAGGUGAUGGAGCAAAUCAUUAGCCUGCGUAAAGACACCAUUGCAGGGGUGCGGACGGAGAUGGAGGCGGAGGUCCGCUUGCUUCAGGAGAAGUUCAAUGUGAACGAGGAGCUUAUUCGCGGGCGGUACGUCGACCGCGUGAACAUGCUGCACCGCUACUGGCUCUGGCGCACACUGCAGGAACUCGGCGACCAGACGGUGAGCCGCACCUUUGAGGAGGAGCUCUCAUGCGGCCCCCGCUACCGCUCGCUGGGGGUGCAAAACAAUAUCCUUUCCGAUACACUCGAGCAGCAGUUAGCGUGGAUGGUGCGGUUUUCGGAAAGGGAGCGAAUCUUCCGUGACCAUGUGCGUCGCCUCGAUAUUCUCGUAGAGGAGUUGACGGACGUCAAUGAGGCCAUAGAGGAGUCCUUGACGUGUCGCGUGUGUGGCUUGUUCUUUGAGGAUCCUGUUUUGUUUUGGCCCUGUGGCCACACCUUUUGCCUGACGUGUUUCGACUCACUGAGCAUCGCACCGAGUCUCUUCCGAUGUCCAACGUGCGGCAGCAUGGGCAGCGAGGGCUACGUGCACAAUCUUCUUAUCGCGGAGUGUGUGGCGAAGUGGAUGUUCAAGGACUCGGGCUACGCCGACAUCAACGGCGCUCUGAGCCUCAUUCGCCUGCACCUUUCGAAGUUCCGCAAGGAGAUUAUUUCAGCACGCAUCGCGCAGUACCGCCAACGGCUUGCGGAUGCACUGCAUGAAGAGAGCAAACCAGUGGAACCAGCAUACAUGGACAUUGAAUACCGUGCCUUCUAA